GUACCUAAAAAAUUGUUGUAUCCUUUCAGGUGGAUGUGAAAUACAAAGGAAAGGAGCGAUCAAGAAUAAUUAAGGACAUAGUUCAACAGACAGCUUUGAAAGCAAUUCUUAACAAUAAAAGUGAAAAAAACUGUUAUAAAACAUUUAGUGAAAGACCAAAAAUUUAAAAAUGCUAUGAUACAAACACUAUCCAAAGACAUUGAAUUUGAAGUUUCCCAACUGCCUAAGAGAAGAGAGACUGCUUUAAAAGUUGUCAGUAUUCAAGAUCUGCUAACAUUCGAUUGGGGAUCUCAAGCUGAAAUACUUCAGCAGAAAAUACCGACUCUAAUGUCGAUAUUAAAGUCAAGCAUUGGAGACAACCUGAAUAAUCGCUUGCCAUAUGUCAUCGUAGGUGCAAGCGUCAUUCUGUAUGGAAGAUGUCAGCAGUUGAACCUGCUUCAGUACAUCAUUGGACUUACAUUGGAUAGAUGUGGACUAAAUAAAGAAGGUCUCAACAUACUGCAUGACAUAGGAUUGUCUGUGUCAUACACCAGUGUCCACAACAAGAGGAAAAGUCUUGUCAAACAGCACGAAGACAAUUUAAAUUCUGUUGUCAGAAAGUAUGUCAGUGCAAACAUUUCUGAAAACGAAAAUGUUAUAGUGAGUGAUUGUCAAUCAAACAUGAACAUUGAUGGAGACAUUAUUCAUUAUGAACGGGAUUCAAAUGUGAACAUUGAUAGAGACAAUGAUGUGAACACAUUUAGUCCAAAACCUUUUGAGAUAAUUGGCGAUAAUUUGGAUGUCUGCAUUGCUCCAACACAGAUGACAAUGAAAAAGCAAAGACAAAGUUUACAUUGGUUUUUGACCAUGGUCAAACAAAAAAGAAUUACUUAUCAUGAUGAUUUAAACAAGUCUUCUACAGUGAACCAAAAACAGAUAUUAGAUAUUCCGUCAUCUGAGUGUAUUCCUUCAAGUGAACAAAUUGAUUUAAUUCUAAAUAACUUUGUUUUUCAUAUAUCGACAACUUUAAUAAAAUACAUCAAAAUGUUAUCUCCAAUCAAAGUGUCAUAUCCAAGUUACAUUGAUAAUCCGUACACACAUAUAACAUCGAAAAAGUCAAUUGUUUUGAACUUUGACCUAAUAGAUGUCAGUGAAAAUUCAUCUCAAGGCAUGAUAAAAAUAUUGCAGAAUGUCCACGACCUCGCCGUUCCUCAUAGUUCAGAUACCAUAUUGCAAAAAGUAGUUUUUGGAGGUGAUGUACUGACGAAUGAACCUGCUUUUGCAGCUCAAGAAGUAUGCAGAAUUGUCAGUCGAAAUUUGCAAGUUUAGCUGGCAUCAUUCACAGACCUGAAUGACUACAAGGAGAAUUUAACUUUCUACAAGUACAAAAGUGUUAAAAGUUUUAACAGUUCUGCCUGUUAUAGUUCCAAGUUAAUAUAGUUUUGCAGUUGGAUACAGUUAUUACCUUGUUCCAAGUGAGUAAAUUUUAUCGUUAUAGGGAAAAUCUAGGAAUAGUUAGCAAGGUGCUGCAUUGUUCUUAUACCAUGUGUUAAACAUUUUGAAAUCAGAAUAUUUCAUUAAUUGUCUAUUAUCAGUAACACAUUGCUAAAAACAAUGAAUAUUGGAAACAUCAGAUAUGCAAAAUCUAUUUCGCAUUUAAAAGAAAAUUUAAGAUACUGUUAUUAAGCCAGUAUUGACUAUUAACUGCUUUUUAACAACACCUUGUUAUCCUAGAUAUUUCAUGUGUGUGUUUAUUAUAGUCCAUUGCUUGAAGUGUGAAUGUGAUAUUUUCUCUAAAAAAAUUACAUGAAUAGAAUUAACAAAAAAUCAGACCUACCAAAUGGAAGAAAGCAAUGUUUACUUAGUAAUUCACAUAAGGGCUUUUUGUGUUCAUUUCCAUAAAACUCAUCAAG